AUGGCAAACGUAUCCAGUGACAGUUCGGUUUAUAGGAUGAUCCAGCAGAUUCAAGAUCGUCUCACACGACUUGAGGAGGUGAGCGAACCCGUGGAAUCUGCUAGGGAGCUAAACAAACAAAGUGAGGGGAAGAGAACCAUGCCUAAAAAUCUAAAGAGGCCUCACCAUGAACCCCUCGAUGAUGGCCGAUUCAAGGAUCCAUAUGACCGAGAAUAUCGUCGACCAACUCGUGAUGAGAGGGCUGAUCCAAAGUUCAAACCUUUCGUGUUUACUGGAAAGGAGGAGCCCGAGGUUUAUCUUGAGUGGGAGCGCCAAAUGGAUGCCAAUUUCGAAUGUUAUUCCUUGACGAACCGAAGGAAGAUUCAAUAUGCGGCUGCCCAUCUUGCCGAAGAUGCCAUCACAUGGUGGGAACGAGAAGAAAGCAAUCGACGUCGUGCACAUUAUGAUCCGGUUUCCACUUGGAAGGAGAUGAAAAUCCUCAUGCGAAAAAGGAAGACAAGACAGUUAAGGGAUACUACGAAGAAUUUUGAACAACUUCUCAUUUACUUGAAAAUCGACGAUGACGAAGAAGCUCUUAGGGCACACUUUCUCGAUGGUUUGCAAGACCAAAUAGCAAGAAAGGUAGAACAAAAGGUCUAUCAUGACUUACAGGAUCUUGUGCAUUCGGCGAUUAAAAUAGAGCAACACAUGAACAAAGCACCGACAAGGAGGCACACACAAGCACAAAAACCUCUAAGCAAUAGCUUUGUCAAAAUCGAAGACAAAGACAAGGCGAAGAAUCAUGAUGCUCGACACAAGGAGGACUCAACCGUAUCUUCAAAGGCAGUCACCGCCCUAGGUAACGAAACGUUUUUCUCAUAUAUUAAUCAUAAACGUGAGGUUAUUUGUUCUAAGUGUAGGGACCAAGAUCAUUUGGCACGAGAAUGUUCCAACCAACGAGAAAUCAUCAUCGAGGAUGACGGGGAAUCAAAGUCCAUAGUUGAGGUUGUGGUAAAUCUUGAAGAGAUGUAUGAGGUUAUGUCCAAGAAGAAAAUAGAGUACGUGAACGAAGAGAAAGAGGAACCGGUCGAAGAUCCCGACCUCAUGAUAAAAGAAGUACCCAAAAGUGCUGCGAAUGCAAACGGAGAGAUGCAUGGCGUCAAGAAAAGAUGCAUUCGAAGUCAAGAAAAUCAUUGA